GGACCUCACUCUGACUGGAUUGAUUUAUGAAUGCAGUAGGUAUCUGAUUGCUCUUAGUCGGGUAUUACAAAAAAGUAACGACACACGAAGCACUAAAAAUGCAGGGAAAUUCUCUAGAGAUGUGAUAUCUGUUAUCUAUGGUUUGAACUGUGGUUCUGCAUGCAUCAUAGAAUAUUGAAUGGAAUAACUUCAUUUCAUAGUGACAGAAACAAUCAAACAAUGCAGUUUAUCGAUAAAUCAGAAAUAUUUCUUUCAAAUGUGCCUGAAUAAUAAAUCCUGGAUUGAAUUAUUCAAGUGGAGGUGUUUUGCUGACAAGGUGCUACGAGAUGAAGAUCACAAUCCGCUAAUUUGAGAUUUUAAUGCUUUCAAGUGAAACUCUAUUGACGUCUUUGUAUACGGUUUCAUGAUGCCUACUUUAAUUGGAAUUAGUGAAUUUGUUGAUGAAACUCGAGAUGAUUAUAAUUCACCUACAACAUCUACCUUCGUAUCUAGGAUGCAUCAUUGUAGAAAUACAAUUGCAUCAUUUGAAGAAACUCUUGAUUAUGACAGAGAAGGGCUGAUGAAAAUGAAAAAGGCAAUAAAAGCAAUUCACACCUCUGGAAAUACUCAUGUCGAGAAUGAGAUGUAUUUGGGAAGGGCAUUGGAAAAAAUAGGCUUGAAUACAAUAUCCAAAGAAAAUGAGGAGGUAAUCGGUAAUGCUUUCAACAAAUUCGCAGUUGUAACAAAAGAAUUGUCGGCCCUAAUGAAAACCCUAAUGCAAAAUUUGAAUAACAUUGUUAUGUUCCCUCUUGACAAUCUACUAAAAGGCGACCUAAAAGGUGUUAAGGGGGAUCUGAAACGGCCUUUCGAUAAAUCGUGGAAAGAUUACGAGAAUAGAUAUUCUAAGAUUGAAAAAGAAAGAAAGCAAGCAGCCAAAGACAAUGGUUUCAUUAGAUCUGAAAUCGAACCAGCUGUAGUUGCUGAAGAAAUGGAGAAGGAGAGGAGAUUGUUCCAACUGCAAAUGUGCGAGUAUCUCAUCAAGUAUAACGAAAUUAAGACAAAGAAGGGAGUGGAUUUAUUACAAAACCUUGUGGAGUAUUACCAUGCACAGACAAAUUAUUUUCAAGAUGGAUUGAAAACAAUCGAACAUUUUGGGAAUUAUGUAGCUCAUCUAAGUGUAAAACUGCAAAGAAUCAAACAGACUCAAGAUGAAGAAAAGAGAAAACUUAUAGAAUUGAGGAAUCUGAUUAAAUCUACACCCAGCAUUGAGAAAGAGGUUGGAUCCGGUAUCGAUAAAAGUGCAGCAGGGUAUUCAUUACAUCAGUUACAAGGUGAUAAACAUCAUGGUGUCACAAAAACAGGGCAUCUGUUGAAGAAAUCUGAAGGUAAAAUGAGAAGGGUAUGGCAGAAAAGGAAGUGCCGGGUUCAAGCUGAGGGUUAUUUAGAUAUAUGCCAUGCUGAUGAGUCAAAGUCUCCUACUCGAGUUAAUUUGCUGACUUGUCAAAUCAAGCCUGUACCAGAUGAUAAAAGGGGCUUUGAUUUAAUUUCUUAUAACCGAACCUAUCAUUUUCAAGCAGAAGAUGAGGCAGAUCAGCAUGCAUGGAUGUCUGUUCUCAUAAACUGUAAAGAAAUGGCUCUGAUGAAAGCUUUUGAUGAUAGUUCCAAGACCGAUGGUGACAAAGUUAAUCAUAGUUUGAUUGAAUUGCAACAGGCCAUUAUCAGGUAUAUCCAGAAAAUUCCUGGUAAUGACAGAUGUUGUGAUUGCAAUUCCCAAAAUGAUGCUACAUGGCUUUCAACAAAUUUCGGUAUAAUAGUAUGUAUAGAGUGUUCAGGAAUACACAGAGAUUUGGGUGUUCAUAUUUCAAGAAUUCAAUCUCUCACUCUGGACAAUGUAGGAACUAGUCAAUUGCUUCUAGCAAGAUUCAUGACAAAUCAUGCAUUCAACGAUGUAAUGGAAGCUCAGUUGAAUCCUGCAGAUAAACCAGAACCGUCCAGUUCCAUGGAAAAGCGUCUUACGUUUAUUAGAGCAAAAUAUGUAGAAAAACGUUUUGCCCUCAGCUCAUGUGAUUCGCAUAUUGAUAAACUUUAUGAAUUAGAAGAGGCUAUCAACAGAGGGGAUCUUUACUUAUUACUACAAAUGUGGGCAGAAGAAGUUGAUUUCUCAGAACCUUUACCUUCUUCUAAAAUUGGAGAGACUGCAUUACAUAGAGCUGUUUUAUAUGAGCCAAACAGAAAUCUUCACGUUGUCGAUUUUCUCAUUCAAAAUAUGAUAAAUUCUGCGUUGGAUAAACAAACUAGCAUACCAUCUUCUCCAGAUAUAUCUGGCGGCAACACUGCUUUGCAUCUUUGUGCUUUGUAUGAUAAAGUGGAAAGUAUGAAAUUAUUAUUGAGAAGUGGUGCCAGUUCUGUCAUACGUAAUUCUCAAAAUAAAACCCCAAUGGAUAUUGCUCAAGAAUUAGGCCAUCACACAUGUAUCGAACUGCUUCAAAAUACUACGAAUAGACUGAAAAAUAUUUUCGAUAAUAUAAGUAUUGACUGGAAUUUAUCACAUGAUGAUGGAUCAACAGAUUUCUCUGAUGACGAUACUGUCAUAGAAGAUAGGAAUGGUUCACUCACCCCAGAAAAAAAAAAUCGUUCAAGACCACCGAGCUAUACAGGUGGAGAAUCGCCAAUUACAAAUCGUUCUCGUUCAUCGACCUGCGAUAGUUUGCAGUUGGGGAGCAGUCCGAAUACCAAUAGACAGAUGCCUCCACCUCCUCUGCCACAAGGUAGAAAACCAGUGAAUGUUCAUGGUAGUUUAAAGAAGAGGGUGGCUCCUUUACCUCCUCCAGGAUCAAUUCAGAUGCAAUACGGUACCCUCCCAAGUAGCCACAGUAGAACACCAUCUGAUCCAUUUGCAGCUGGUUACCAUACUCUUAGUCAUACCCAUAAACGUUCUCCAAGUACUGAUUCAACCUCGCCCAGAUCUGUGAUAGGAACCAAACUAGUCAUAUCCUCUGAUAAGAAUAACGAUAAAUUGGGCGUGGUCAAAAGGCCACAGAAUCCGCCACCACCAGCGCCAUCUAAUAGACUAUCUAAUGGAAGAUCAACAGAAAGCAUUUGCUCUCUUUUGUCAGACAUUGAGGGAAUGCAUAAUCCAAUACCUCCACCACGAAGGAAAAGAAUGAGGUAUCAUUUGAAAUCUUGUGCAUCAACAAUUCCAAAGUUUGAAAUGCUUUCCGAUUCUCCACCUCUAAAAAUUUCCACUAGUCCCAUAUCCAGCAGCUCUCUCUGUUCGCCGAGGUCUGUGACAGGUGGUCGUCUUUACUCCUCAAAUGGUGCGGGUAACUUACGUAGGUGCAAGGCACUUUACGAUUGUAACGCGGAUAAUGACGACGAGCUCUCGUUCAGGGAGGGCGAGAUCAUAAUUGUCCUGAACGAGCAGACAGAUGAUGAUAACUGGAUGGAAGGUAUGGUAGAAAACGAACCAGAUCGGACUGGUAUGUUUCCGAUAAGUUUUGUUCAUAUGCUACCUGAUUAGUGAGAGCCGUUCAAAUCAUUCAAGUAUUAUAUUUUUAUUGUGUAAGGUCUACAUAGCAGAAAUAAUCCAUAUAAAUAUGAAAAGAGUAAUAUUUUCGGGUUUAUUUUUAAAAUCAGUUAUGAUUCAGCUAACAACUAAAUUUUAUAUACUUAAAUCAACCUUUCAAUGAUUGAUUGCUCUUGAUAAACCGUGAAUUUGAAUCUUUUUCAUUAAAAUUAUGAAGUAAUGCCCCAAUGAAGUAAUUGUUUGAAUUCAGAAAUGACUGAUUUGAUUUGUGUAGAUAAUGUAAUUUUUAUGUAUAUAGUUUCUUCGAAAAUUCUCACUUUUCUUUAUGACCCUUGAAAGUACUUAUUUUUCAAUAAUCCUGAAUGGUUAGAAUGAUUUGUGAAUGAUACGAAUCGAAUCAUUAAUGACAAUAAAUAUUUUUUUUCUUUAAUUAAAAUUGCAUAAAUUUAGUUUGUUAGCCGAAACAUGCAAUAACUGUACAUUUUGUAUAAACUAAGCCAUAUGUUCGUCAUAACUAUCUAGUAUUAACUCAGAUGCAUUCGCCAUAAUUUUUUUAUAUUUAUUUUCAAAUAUAUUUAUUUUCUUAUUGAUUUUCAA